CAUCCAACAACUAGUCAUCGUCAUACAACGACUGGCAAGCAUCCAACAACCAGUCAUCGUCAUACAACAACUGGCAAGCAUCCAACAACCAGUCAUCGUCAUACAACAACUGGCAAGCAUCCAACAACCAGUCAUCGUCAUACAACAACUGGCAAGCAUCCAACAACCAGUCAUCGCCAUACAACAACUGGCAAGCAUACUUCCCAUACAACUAAAAAAGUUACCACUAAGCAUACAACUGGCAAGCACACUUCUCACACAACGAGAAAAGUUACCACUAAGCAUACAACAACCGCUAAAGUAUCUCAUGAAAAAGAAUGUGAUGAUUUCUAUUUCCAACAUCAUCCUAGAUACACAGUUGUUAAUGGUCAUAGUAUUAAAGUCGAUGUGUCCUUAAAGGUUAAGGAAGAUUUCUAUAAUCAUUAUCAUAGUUUUGAAAAACAAAAAGAACAAGAAGAUUAUUACUUUAAAUAUCAUUCCAAAUAUACAGUUGUUAAUGGCCAUACUGUUAAAGUCCAAGUAUCCGAAAAAGAGAAACAAGCUUUCUACUUUAAAUACAACAAAGUUGCUGAUCAAGAAAAAGAAUGCGAGGACUUCUAUUAUAAACAUCAUCCUAAAUAUACUGUUAUUAACGGUAAAACUGUUAAAAACGAGGUCUCAAAAUCAGAUAAAGAUAAUUUCUAUAGUAAAUAUUAUAAGAAAUAUACUCAAGAUGAGGAAUGUGAUACUUUCUAUUAUAAGCAUCAUCCUAAAUAUACAGUUGCUAAUGGUAAAACUGUUGAAAGCAAUGUUUCUCAAAAAGACAAAGAAUAUUUCUAUAAUAAAUAUUAUAAGCAAUAUACUCAUGAUGAAGAAUGUGAUACCUUUUAUUAUAAACAUCAUCCUAAAUAUACAGUUGUUAAUGGUAAAACCGUUGAAAGCAAUGUGUCUCAAAAAGAGAAAGAAGAUUACUAUAAUAAAUAUUAUGAAAAAGAUAUUGAAGAAGAGUGUGACAAUUUCUAUUAUAAACAUCACCCCAAAUAUAAGGUAGUUAAAACUCAUUCAACAACGUACUCUGUUGCAAACGUGGUGUCUCAAGGAGAUAAAAAAGCGUUCUAUGAUAAAUAUCGCACUUGCACUAAAGUCCCUACCGAAACGUCUCCCGAAGAGGAAGAAGAAGAAAAAAGCAAACACAAAGUUCAUAAAUAUAAAAAGCCCACUGAAGAAGAAGAAACAGAAUCAAAACCUACUGCCACCUGCACUAAAAAGCCCGCUGAAACUGAACCCCCUACUACUACUUGCACCCAUGGAAAUGAAGUUUGUACUACUUGUAAACCCGUACCUGCUACCUGCACUAAAAAGCCUGAAGAAGUAGUUGAACAUGAAUCCCAAAAGAAGUACCACAAGAAACAUUACCAUAAGAAACACCACCACCACUACAAUAAAAAAGUGGUAGAAGAGAAACCUUGCACUACUACUAAGAAGCCCGUUGUUACUACCUGCACCAAGAAACCCGUUGAAGAAGAAGUAGAAAAGAAACCUUGCACUACUAAGAAACCAGUUGCUGUUACCUGCACCAAGAAACCCGUUGAAGAAAAAGUAGAAAAGAAACCUUGCACUACUAAGAAGCCAGUUGCUGUUACCUGCACUAAGAAACCCGUUGAAGAAGAAGUAGAAAAGAAACCUUGCACUACUAAGAAACCAGUUGCUGUUACCUGCACCAAGAAACCCGUUGAAGAAGAAGUAGAAAAGAAACCUUGCACUACUACUAAGAAGCCCGUUGUUACUACUUGCACUAAAAAGCCUGUAGAAGUAGAAGAACAUGAAUCCCACAAGAAGCACUAUCACAAGAAGCACUACCACAAGAAGCAUUAUAAGAAACACCACUAUAAAAAAGUAGUAGAAAAGAAACCCGUUGAAAUAGAAGAAAAGAAACCUUGCACUACUACUAAGAAGCCCGUUGUUACUACCUGCACCAAGAAGCCCAUUGAAGUGGUAGUAGAAAAGAAACCUUGCACUACUAAGAAACCAGCUGUUGUUACCUGUACUAAGAAACCCGUUGAAAAAGAAGUAGAAAAGAAACCGUGCACUACUAAGAAACCCGUUGAAAUAGUAGUAGAAAAGAAACCUUGCACUACUAAGAAACCAGUUGCUGUUACCUGCACUAAAAAACCCGAAGAAAUAAAAUAUAAAAAAGUUCCUCAUUACACAACCAUUGAAAGUUUUGAAGUAGAGAAGUAUACUACUUGUGUUCCAAAAGUAGUAGUAAAAACAGUCCCUCACUACGAAGUGAAGAAAUAUUACGUAAAAGAAUCCUAUAAAUUUAAUGUUGAACAGCUACAGAAGCUGAUCGACCCCAAAAAUUUAGAAUUGCUUCGAGAUUAUGGUGGUCCUGACAAAAUUCUAGAAGGUUUGAAGGUUAAUCGUGAAUAUGGUUUAAGCUCUGAUGAAGGCAUAGACUCCUCAUCAAAAGUGCAAAGCCCUUUUCAAGAAAGACGAAAGCACUUUGGAAAAAAUGUUUUGCCAAAAAUUGAUCAGCAAUCGUUUUUAUCUCUGGUUUGGGACGCUUAUUGUGAUAGAACCUUAAUUUUAUUAAGUGUAGCUGCACUUGUUUCUCUUGCUCUUGGUAUCAAUGAAGAUUUAUCAAAUCAAUCUGAUGAACCGCGUCUUGGGUGGAUUGAAGGUAAACGAAUGUUUUUUGUUACCUUAGAUUUUAUCUUAGAUGCAAUAUAUCUUUAUACUGAAAAGCAGUUUAGAAAGCUUAACGAUAAAAAGGAUGAUCGUAACAUCAAGCUUAUUCGAGAUGGUAAAGAGCAACAAAUUUCAGUUUUUGAAGUCAAUGUUGGCGACAUCAUGAUUCUUGAACCUGGUGAUAUAGUUGCUGUUGAUGGUAUAUAUUUAAGUGGUCACAAUCUCACUUGCGACGAAUCUAGCGCUACCGGUGAAUCUAAAGCUAUAAAAAAAGGUGAUAACGAUCCUUUCAUAUUAAGUGGAGCAAAGAUUACAGAAGGCGUUGGUAGAAUAGUUGUUAUUGCUGUUGGCAUACAUUCUUACUUUGGAAAGACUAUGAUGGCAUUACGUCAUGAUGAAAGUGAAGAGACACCACUUCAAAUCAAGUUAAACAUUCUUGCAGAACAAAUAGCGAAAUUAGGAAUUGCUAUUGCUACACUAAUCCUUAAAUAUUUUAUUAAUGCGGCUAUUUCUGGCCAAUUUCCUCAAUUACAAGAGAUAAUGGUCGCCAUGACUGCUAUUAUUGUUCAAACAAUUACUAUUAUCGUUGUUGCUGUACCAGAGGGUUUGCCUAUGGCUGUAACACUUUCGCUUGCUUACGCAACCACCAAGAUGUUGAAAGAUAAUAACUUGGUCCGAAUUUUAGCUGCCUGUGAAACUAUGGGUAAUGCGACUGCAGUGUGUUCGGAUAAGACCGGUACAUUAACUCAAAACAAAAUGACAGUGGUGAAAGGGUUUCUUGGUCAGGAAAAGUUCGAAGAUUACGAUGAAAUUCAACAAUGGAAAAAUAGGAUUAAUCAAAAUACAUACGAUAUUAUUACACAAGGCAUAAUUGUUAAUUCUACGGCAUUUGAAGAUAAGGAUGAAAAAGGCCAAUUGAAUUUUGUUGGUUCUAAAACUGAAUGCGCGUUACUUGAAUUCUGCAAAGAAUUUGGAUUAGACUACAGAGAGAUAAGAAUUCAAAUUAAGAAAAUGAAGGUUUAUCCUUUUGCAUCAGAAAGAAAAAGCAUGACUACAAUUAUUAAAUUACCCUCAACUAGUACUUCUUAUAACAAAACUUCAGAACAAGUAGGAUAUCGUAUUUAUGUUAAAGGUGCAUCUGAAAUUGUUUUUGAUGGUUGUACACAUUACGUUGACGCUGAAGGUCAAGUGCAGAAAUUGGACGAUAAAUCUAAACAACAAUUCAAAAACAUCAUCUCUGAAUAUGCAGGAAAGGCUUUACGCACAAUUUGCAUGGCAUAUCGUGAUAUAACUACCAGUGAACUUGAAUCUAUUAGUGAUGAAAAUCCACCUAUUAAUGAUCUCAUUUGUUUAGGUAUAGUUGGUAUCGAGGAUCCUCUGCGUCCUGGUGUUACAGAAUCCGUUAAAAUUUUUAAAAAGGCUGGUGUUUCUGUUAGAAUGAUUACUGGUGAUAACUUAGCAACUGCAAAAGCAAUUGGAAAGAAUGCUGGUAUCUAUAAAAAUGGUAUUGCUAUAACUGGACCUGAAUUUCGUAAAAUGGAAAAAAAAGAACAGCUCAGUAUAAUCCCUCGAUUAGAAAUACUUGCACGUUCUUCACCAAUGGACAAGACUAUUGUAGUUUCUCUUCUUAAAGAAGAGGGCGAGGUUGUUGCUGUUACUGGUGAUGGUACUAAUGAUGGUCCCGCUUUAAAACUGGCAGAUGUUGGUUUCAGUAUGGGAAUUGCCGGUACUGAAGUUGCAAAGGAAGCAUCUUCUAUUAUUUUAAUGGAUGAUAAUUUCAAUUCCAUUGUCAAAGCAUUGAGAUGGGGUCGUGCCGUUAACGAUAGUGUACGCAAAUUUUUACAAUUUCAACUCACAGUUAAUAUUACAGCAGUUAUAAUAUCUUUCACUAGUGCCGUAUUAAGUGAUGACAAUGAAUCCGUAUUAACAGCUGUACAACUACUUUGGGUUAAUCUCAUUAUGGACACAUUGGCAGCACUUGCUUUGGCGACCGAGCCUCCGACUGAUGAACUUUUAUCCCGCUUACCCACUAUAAAGAGUGCAUCAUUAAUUAAUUAUCGCAUGUGGAAAAUGAUUAUUGGACAAGCGAUCUUCCAAGUGGCCGUCAAUUUGACCUUAUUGUAUAUGGGACCAGCUAUUUUUCAUCUUGAUGUUGAUAAUACUCAGGAUGAGACCGUAUUUCGUACCUUGAUUUUCAAUAGUUUUGUCUUUCUCCAAAUCUUCAAUGAGAUCAACUGUCGACGUAUUGAUGAUAAUUUGAAUGUUUUUGCCAACAUUUUUAGCAAUCAUACAUUCAUAAUUGUUCAGAUUUUUAUUGUAAUUGGACAAUUUGUUAUCGUUCAAUACGGGGGUGUUGCCUUUGGAACAACAAAGCUCGCUUGGUAUUAUUGGCUUGUGACUGUUUUAAUUGGAUCUCUUUCCCUACCCGUUGGUGUGAUUAUUAGACUUUUUCCUAAUACCUGUAUACCAGAUCAGAUCCUUAAUGAGUAUUAUAGGCCAAAGGUCACUAAAGAAAAGAUGUUAUGGGAACAGGCAAUUCAUGAUGUAAGAUCUGAACUCAGGGUAUUUGGCGCUAUAAGGAAACCCCACAAGCCCCACAAACCCCCAAAAUUACUUCAAGUUGUAAGAGACAUGCAUAAAUAA